CGGUGUCCUCUGCUCCAGAUGGAGGACCAGUUCAUUCCUGCGUUAGAGGACAGCAGAGCUUUGCUCCUAAAUGUCUCCAAGGUGAUGGUGGACUCCGGCGCGGAGCGGCACCAGUACGCAGUCUGGCUCCCGGGCAUCGGGAUCGCUGCCGUCUACGGGAUGAUCAUCCUCGUGGGUCUGGUCGGAAAUGUCACGCUGAUGAAGACGUGUCUGCUGGUGAAGUCCAUGCGCACGGUGCCCAACCUGUUCCUGUCCAGCCUAGCUCUGGGGGACCUGUUGCUGCUGGUGACCUGCGCCCCUGUUGAUGCCAGCCGCUAUCUAGUGGACGAAUGGCUGUUCGGGCGCGUGGGCUGCAAGCUGAUCCCCUUCAUCCAGCUCACCUCGGUCGGGGUCUCCGUUUUCACCCUGACUGCGCUCUCUGCUGACCGGUACAAAGCAAUUGUCAAACCCCUGGACAUCAACAGAUCCAAGGCCACACUGAGCAUCAGUCUCCGUGUGGCUACGAUCUGGCUGCUGUCCAUCACUCUGGCUAUUCCCGAGGCCAUCUUCUCCGACCUGCACUCCUUCACCACCAGCGACACGAACGAGACGUUUGUAACAUGCGCUCCCUACCCCCACGCUGGAGAGCUGCAUCCAAAGAUCCACUCCACUGCCUCCUUCCUCAUCUUCUACAUCAUCCCCCUACUCAUCAUUUCUGUUUACUACUUCUUCAUCGCUAACAGUCUGAUCAGGAGCUCAGCUGAAAUCCCUGCUGAGGGACAUCUGCAUCUGCAGAAACAGAUCAAGUCCAGGAAGCGUUUGGCCAAAACCGUGCUGGUGUUUGUCGGCUUGUUUGCUCUCUGCUGGCUCCCCAGUCACGUCAUCUACCUUUACCGCUCCUACCACUAUGACCAGGUGGACACCUCUCUGGCUCACUUCAUUGCCAGUGUGUGCGCACGCAUCUUGGCAUUCACCAACUCCUGCAUAAACCCAUUCGCUCUGUACCUGAUGAGCAAGAGUUUCAGCAAGCACUUCAGGAAUCAGCUGGUGUGCUGCAGCUCUCCCAGACGCCUGUACAGCCAAAACAGUGCAACCACAAAUGUAACCUCCGUCUGAAGCAGUCCUGUGUCACCCAAACGCAGCAGUGUGCUUUACAAGGACUACUACCUUUGAGUCAAUUGGACUAUUUGCUAAACAAUCAAUUUAGUAGAAAAGAAGCGUUAUCAUGAUGUAAAGCAGGUGUGAAUAUUGUUUUGGCUAUUAUUACACUUUAAUCAUAAAAUUAAAACGCAACAGCACAAUUUGAGAAAUUUAAAUUAUAUUAACUUGCUUUUAUUGCUU